AUGGCAUCGUUACAUUUUUGGGGACCAGUUGCUAAUUGGGGUUUACCAUUAGCUGCUCUAGCAGAUUUAAAAAAAGAUCCUGAAAUUAUUAGUCCAAAAAUGACUGUUGCAUUAUGUUUCUAUUCAAUGUUAUUCAUGCGCUUUGCUCUUCAAGUGAAACCCAAAAAUCGACUUUUAUUUGCCUGUCAUUUUGCUAAUGAAUGUGCACAAUUAAUACAAUUGGCAAGAUUUCUUAAUUACAAAUACGGUACACAACAACCGAUGAAACAAUAUAAAGUUCCAUCAACUGUUGUUGAAUCACAAUGA